GACAGCGACUUUUUCUCAAAACGCACCGAGCGCAGCCAAAUAUUAACACACACAAAAGAAAGGCGUCAUAAAAAAGUUACUUUAACGGAGUUUCAGAAGUCUCUGAAAAAAAUCAGGGCGGCUAGAGUAAUAUAACAAAAUCCGAACAGAUCGGCAAUUUGAUUUUCAAUUUAUAGUUUUGUUUCUCAAGGUAAUGCAUUUCUUUUGAUGGCACAAGUAUAUAUGGCCUGUUUUAAGAUUAUGUUUAACGUUUUAUUUAAGAUUAUAAUCAUGUUAAUGCAAGCCUCGUAUCACUGUCCACCUGAAGUUAAGUGGCAAAGGUAUGCUUGGGGCAGUAUGUGACAGUAAUCCUUGGGGCACAUUGUGACAUGCUUAUGUUUGGUUAUCAAUUAAUUAUUCGCUCUUUUACCAUUGUUUUCUCUUUUAUCAUUGAUUAUUAAACUAAGGUUACCAGACGUCCCUUAAAAAAAACCGAUUAUUCGGGAUUUGUGAUUUAGAUAUGUGUUCAGACUUUUAUAACUCGUAGCUCCCUCUUGUCCGAGAUAUGGAAAAAAGGCUAGGCUAGGCUAGGUUAGGUUAGGUUAGGUUUUUGGGUUUGUCCCAAUUUGUCAUGCCGAUUAUCUGAUAACCGUAAGUUAAGCAUGGUUCGACACAGGCAAAAAAAGACAAAUAGAGUCCAUGAUGGGGAAAAGAUGAAAAAAGCCAUAAAAGCAGUAAUAAUAAAUGAAAUGUCUUUACGCAAGGCUGGCGAAAUCUACGAAAUUAACUUUGAAACACUUAGAAGAUAUGUCAAGAAAACAUCUCCUGUUGAAGGUGAGAAUAUACAAGCAGAGCAACUAAUAUUGAAUGCAGAUUUAAGUCAACAUUACAAUUCACGUCAAAUAUUUUCUGAAGAAGAGGAGCAAUUGUUAUUUGAAUACUUUUUAACAUGUGCUGAACUUGGCCAUGGCCUUUUCUCAGAGAAAGCCAGACAAAUAGCUUACGAAUUUGCUGUCAGAAAUGAUAAGAAAAUUCCUGAAUCAUGGAGAACACAUCAAAAAGCUGGCUUAGAUUGGCUAUAUGCGUUUAAGAAACGCCAUCCAGUCAUUUCUUUAAGGAAGCCAGAGCCAUGUAGUUUGAGUCGUAGCUCAGCAUUUAACAAGCAUAAUGUAAGCAAAUAUUUUGAAAAUUUAGAGAUAGUAAUUAAACGCAAUCCAAAUUUUGCAAAUGGUUUGCGGGUUUAUAAUUUGGACGAGACAGGAACUUGUACAGUUCAAUCAGGCCGGAACAAAAUUUUAGCGAGAAAAGGUCAAAGAAGAGUGUCUGUGAAAACAAGCGCUGAAAGGGGCACACUUGUUACCACUUGCAUCAUUGUAAAUGCACUUGGAAAUGUUUUCCCUCCAAUCAUGAUUUUUCCAAGAAAAAAGUUUGUGAAUCAUAUGAUUUGUGGAGGCUAUCCUGGAACUCUUGGCCUGGCGUUUCCAUCAGGUUGGAACAAAACAAUUUCUUACUUGUUUUGAAA